AUGCAUUGCUUUGAAGCUCGAAGUAUAACACCUUCUAAAGCGUUGCACCUGAGUGAUUUUCUUACAGACAAGGGCAAGCAAACUUUCCAACAGAGGGGAGACAGACCAGACGACCGAAGAGAAGUAACCCCUACAAGACCACCCACUCAUGAACGAAUAGUAAAUGUUAUAACAGGUGGAUCUAAGGUAAGUGGAGUCACCCAUUCAGCAGCGUGGAGACAUACCAGGCAGACCAACUGGGUCGUAGAAGAAUCCAAUGGAACAGAGAAGACUAUGACCAAUUCACCAGCUCAAACCAUAAGCUUCUCUACAUCAGAGUCGAUUAGACUCCUCAACCCACAUCAUGAUGCUCUUGUUAUUCAACUUUAUAUUGCAAAUUGUUUAACUAAAUGCAUUCUUAUUGAUAACGGGUCCUCAGCUAAUAUAUUGUUUUUAAGUGCCCUCAGGGAAAUGAGGAUGAGCGAAACAAAGAUUGUGAGAAAGACUACUGUCCUCAUCGAAUUUAGCGGAGAACAAAUAACUCGGUAG